ACGUUCGCAUCGCGUGCGCCGGCCUCCUGCCUCCGUCGCACGUUGCACUGUUUACAUGUCGGUCCUGGCCGGCGGAACGACGGCACACGCUUUCCUGCACGGCGGGGUCCUUUGCCGGAACUGUCCGGAAAGUUGUCGAGGAGUGCGGGUUUUCGUGCUUUCGGACGCGGUGUCGAUUGUGCUCUGAUUCUCUCUCGAAUUGUUUUGAUUUAUUCCUGCUGGACAACAAUUGACGGAUUUCCUCCUGAUAGUUUUGUUUGUGAUUCAGUGAAUUUGGAUAGUUCUAUUGGCGGGUUGUCCUUCAAGAACAACGCAGAAAUUACUUGAUGUUUGUUUAGUGGAUUUCUUGUGCUGUUUAUGUUAUGUUUUUUUCCUGCUGAAGACUAUUUUUUAUUACAAAGUUUUUGUUUAUGUAUAAAGUGGGAUUUUGGGAUUGUGUUGAAUUAUUGUUUAUUUAUUUAUUAGUGGUGUAAGGUUAAUUUAAUUUUAUCAGGAUUUUGUUAAAAGAGUGGUGUCGGUUUCCGAAAAUGCAUCGGUGUAUUUGUUCGGACGAGCGGUACGAGAGGCUGGAGAAUUGUCCUUACGAAAAAUCAAUUCCGGAACAGGACGUGGAGGAUAAGGAUGCUAACAGCACCGAGAAAGAGGAGGAGCUACAGUUCUACAACGACGACGGCAGCUUCCAGAAGUUGCUGGUGGAGAGGAAUCUGGCCACUUACGAGCUGUGUCAGCUGCUGAUCGUCAAGAACCAUGUGCAGCACAACGGUCACUGGUCCCUCAUCGAGUUCUGGUCCGAGAUGGGUUUAGAACGAGUCAUGGAAGACCACGAACACGUUCUGGCCGUUUACAGGGACAUGCAUCAGUUCGCCAGGCCCAAAAAUUUCAGAUUCAUUUUUCGCAAGGACUAUCGCAAAUACGAAUUCUUCUCUUCGCCUCAUCAAUUUUUCCCUCCUGACAUGCUGGAAGUUGAGAGCAACCAAAAGGCGGACCAAGACCCAACAUAUUUAAAAAAUCUCGUGACCGAAGAAUGCGUUAGUCCGGUGAUCUACUCCUGCGUCUGGAUUCGGGAUCACACCAGAUCCUGGAGCAAGAACUUCCUGCUGCUCAUUGACAAGAACCUUUAUUACACAUCCAACAUCCAUGUGGUGUCGAAAUUCAUCCGGGCCUCCAAGGCUUCGAAAUUCAAGGAUAGUAAGACAAGCGCAGAGCAUCAGGGUCUGACUCACUGGUGUGAGGUUGGCGCGUACCAGGUGUACGGUACGCUCAACGCGAAAAACCAAUUCCGGGCUCCGACCGAGUGGGGCCUCUGCCUGAGACCGUGCGGCGUCGACACGAGCGACUCGACGUCGCCAGACGCCGACCGGGAGCCGUCGCGCUCCUCGUCUGCGCACGAGCUGCGCUGCUUCGCCUGCGACUCGGAGCGGGUACGCUCCUGUUGGCUGACCGCCAUGCGGCUCGCAAAGUAUGGCAAACAACUGAAAGAGAACUACAAAGCCUUCAAGAACAAACAGGCGGAAUCACUUAAUCACAGAGAGUACAACAGCUUUACAGUACCACAUGUACGUGUUACCAAGUCUACUAAGAAAAAAGACGAAUCGGUCAGGUCCCGGGUUGCGAUGGAUUUCACGGGUCCGGUGGGCAGGAUCGUAGAGGACCCGCAGGAGGCUAGGGCCAUCGCAGUGGCCGAGGGCUACUCGUGGAAGAAGAGGUGGCGACCGACCGUCCGCAUGCAGAACGCGGCCGCCGCCAACACGCACGGUCUCGAGAACGGCAUCCACAUGCUGCAGCCGUGGUUCCACAGCGGCAUGAGCCGCGACCAAGCUUCGGAACUGGUCAACCGACAUGGAUCUGAUGGGGUGUUCCUCGUGCGCGAGAGCAGAUCAAGUCCCGGCGCAUUCGUCCUGACUUACAAGGCGCUGGGCAAGAUAAUGCACGUGCCCAUCACGCCGCUCAUAGACCCGGUACGUGACGCCCAAGUCUACUCGCUGGACAGCGGCGUGACCAAGUUCUACGAUCUGCUGCAGCUCGUCGAGUUCUACCAGUUGAACGCGGGCUGCUUGCCCACGCGGCUCACGCACUACGUGGUCCACACCUCCGACAGUUCUUCGGGCGUCAGAUUGGCGCAGGCCAACUGAGCACGGCCGACAUCCGUGGGGACUCUCUUUCGGGAAUCUUAAAUUGCAUUGGGUCUUGAGAUUUGUACCGUCGACGGCCGUAUUUGAAUGUGAACUUUGACUUCGGGCGACUUUGGAACGUUUUCCCCUUUUUAUGUAUGUGCUAUCCCUUCUAUUUAUAUAUGUAUAUCAUUAGAGAAUUGGAGACAUCACAUAAAUGUACCAAAGUUUUGUCUACAUCACACUUCCAAAGUCGCCAUCUGACAUAAAUAAAAUACUGACUUAACUUUCACAUUGUUUUAAGAUAUAUUAUCGACUGCAAAUUUUUUAUAAAUAUUGCAUGAAAAAUGUAUACAGGGUUUACUCACAGUUCUGGUAAUUAAUUUUAGUUCAUUGCCUUCUGUAUUUUUAUUAAUUAUUAUGCUUAUGUUUAGACGUAAAUGUAAAAAAAAUUAGCGACAUAUUAUUGUUUCAUUCACACUGAAGGUUGGCUUUAUAUUUUUGUACGAGCUUCAUAAAAGACUGGAUUCAAAAUUGACUAACCUUCAAUUAUUAUCGAUUAUUAUAUUAAUUAGAUCACUCUGUAUUGAUUUGUAACGACAAGAUGACCCAAAGAUAGAGGACCGACUCUAUAUUUGGAGCUUCUUGUUUAUUUUAUAUGUCGCCAAUUUUUAAUUAUUCAUUUUAUCUUAGGACCAAUUAUUUUUAAGUUGUUGAAUAUUGUUAAUGAAAUCAUUUAGAAAUCCCUAAAAAGGAUUGUUGUGCUUGAGGUUUUAAUGUAUAGAAUAUGUACAUAAUAUGUAUAUUUUUAAAUUUAGCAUUGUAAAAAAUAUACAAGUAUACAUAACAUGACAGACUGAAAUUUUUGAUGUAGUUUCGUUCGAAAAAAUUGUACAUAAGCCUUAAUGCAUGAUUUGUUCUGUGUUUUUUGGUAACUAAAAAAAAAUUAUAUUGAAUGUUACAAUUUGUAUUAUCGAUCUCAUAUUGUCUAUGUCCUUAAAUUUUUAGGUAAAUCUCGAGUACAACAAUAUUCCAAGAUGAAUUGGGCAUUUGAAUUACAAUAAAUUUAGCGAAAUAUUAUAGAAUUAAGAUUGCCUAAUUUCCAAAGAAAAUUAUUAAUUAUAAACCAAUUGGCAUAUUGAACCAUAAAAUAUUAUUUAUACAGACGAUUCCAUCCUCGAGUCUGUAUUAUUUAAUGUCGUUUUUGUAUUGAUAGGAUAUAUAUUAAAUUUAGUUGUUAUUAUUAGGACAAAUUUCAGUAUUCAAUCUCUCUAAUAUACAGGGUGAUCCUAGUUUGUAUUGACUUUCUGUUGAAUACGAAAAAAAACACAAGAUUAGAGAAGGCUGUGGCUUUGAGAAUUUGGGUGUGAAACGUAUUUGGCAUAUACCCAGAAGGAAUUGGUUGAAUAAAUUUAAAACAGGCCAUCUCUCUUAAAAUAUAUAACUGCACAAUCUUUGAUGGUACGCGUUUUAAAUAUGUUUUUGCAAUUCAGCACUCAGAAAUAUAGAUUUUAGAUUGGCCAUGCUAUGCAACGUCGAAACGAUCACGUUUCGGUCGUUGAUAACGUGUGGUCCAAUUUUUCGUUAAGUUAGAUGUGGAAGCCAAAAAUAAUUUUUAAAGUAGAAGCAAUAUUGUAACAAAAUUUAUAAAUGUAUUUAGUUUGUUCAAGGUAGUUGUGAUAUUUAAUUUAAAAAUACUAACUGUAUGAUUUAAUGUUUAUUUCAGUAUUUUCAUAUCGAAUUUACAAAAAGACAUUUUAAAAACAAAUGAUUUAUUUAAAAUGUAGUUUUGUUUUAUUUUUUAUUUACAAAUUUACAUAUUCCAAUAUUUAUAUUUUUGUUAAUUUAUAUGUAUUUUCUAACAGUGUGUUAUUUAACAAUCUAUAAUAUACAAUUUUAGUUUGUGUAGUCAUUACCAUUUCAUAAUAACAAUAAUAAUAACGAGUUAGGACAUAGUGUCUGUACUUAUUUGUAACCGCUUACUAUUUUUCUUUGCCGCAUUGUAAAUCAACUUGUAUUUCUUUUAAAAAUAAGCCGUCUUCAAAAUAAACCACAUUUUGUAUGUAGAUGACAUAAAUUUAUAUUUCAAAA